AUGGCGCUCGUCCACCGCCGCCGCCAUCCCAACCUCCGUCUCCCAGAAAUCUCCGACCACCGUCCUCGUUUCCCUGUCCCCCUUCCUUCUAACAUCUACAAACAAUCAUCCUCCGCCGCCUGUGACACCCUUGCUCCCGCUGACUUCGAGAAACUCGCCGUCCUCGGUCACGGCAACGGAGGCACCGUCUACAAAGUCCGCCACAAAGUCACCUCCACUAUCUACGCUCUAAAAGUCAACCACAACGACUCCGACCCCACCACGCGCCGCCGUACACUAGCUGAAAUCAACAUCCUCCGCCGCGCCACAGAUUGUCCUAACAUCGUUAAAUUCCACGGUUCCUUCGAGAAACCCACCGGCGACAUCGCGAUUCUGAUGGAGCUUAUGGACUCAGGCAGCCUCGAAACCGCUCUCAAAACAAACGGAACAUUCUCCGAAUCAAAACUCUCCGAAGUAGCGCGUGAAGUUCUCAACGGCUUAUCGUAUCUCCACGCGCGUAACAUAGCACACCGUGACAUUAAACCUUCGAACAUCCUCGUUAACAACAAAAACGAGGUUAAGAUAGCAGAUUUUGGUGUUAGUAAAUUGAUGGGUCGCACGCUUGAAGCAUGCAACUCUUACGUUGGCACGUGUGCUUAUAUGAGUCCGGAACGGUUUGACCCGGAAGUUUAUGGCGGGAACUAUAAUGGUUUUUCAGCUGAUAUAUGGAGUUUGGGUUUAACCCUAUUUGAACUUUAUGUGGGUCAUUUUCCUUUUCUUCAAUCGGGUCAACGACCCGAUUGGGCUAUGUUGAUGUGUGCGAUUUGUUUCUCCGAUCCACCGAGUCUACCCGAUACCGCUUCAUCGGAGUUUCGAGGCUUUGUUGAGUGUUGCCUUAAAAAGGAAUCCGGUGAGCGGUGGACGGCAGCUCAAUUAUUGACCCAUCCGUUUUUGUGUAAAGAAAUGGAUAGUUGUUAA